GGCCACUGUCUGGUAUGAGCGUAGCUCACACGUAUCUUUUUACAGUUAGUCAUCAGUAACAUGCCGUAUCAAUACCUCGACCUGAGUGACAAGAAGAUAACCAGCGCAUAUAAUCUAUUCCACAUCCUGUGACCAUGAAGGCUGAAAGUGUUGUGAUCGCUUUCCUCUCACUCUUCGUUGCUGGAACGACAGCUGAGACAUGCUACGGUGAUUACUCAAACAUCUAUUGCAUGUUCGGAUGCUGCUCUGACACAUUUGUGAUAUAUUGUUGUCUGAGUAAUGGAGCUGGAAUCGGCAUCAUCAUUGGAGUAAUCAUCUUCUUUGCCGCCAUUGCGGGCCUCAUAUGCCGACGUCGCUACGUUGCGAGAACAACAUAUGCCCAAGGGUCACCUGGGGUAUCAGUUGUGCAAACAUCGACAGCUCAAGCUAACAUGGGGUAUAUCCAGGCGCCUCCUCCAUAUACUGUGGCGCCAAAGGCCUACUGAUCAGCAUAUUCCCCCAGUACAUAUCACCAGCAUAUGUUUGACAGUUGGAGAAAUGCCUAUUGCAUUACGAAAGAUCGAAGGAUUUCAAGAAAUUUGGAAUGAACUAUUUUUGUCUUUAAAGACAUCCUGUGACAACAAUGGGUGUUAUUAAUAAAAUUUGAAUUAAAUUUAAAAAAAGUUUUCCCUUACAAUUCAAGGUUGAGAGAUUGAAUUGGUUUUUAUUUCACUUUAAUCAACUCACCAGAAAAUGAUAAGCUCAAUUAAGUCAGAUGCAAGUAGAUCGCAGUGCUUCGAUAUGCUACUUACUGCAUGAGGCAAAGCCAUGAAAUUGUGAUCAAUACAAAAUGGCAUGUUUCUGGUGAGAAACAACAGGACAAAAUAUCGUAUGUAGAAAAUCUCUUUCAAUAUUAUCUGUAACUGUGUAAAAGUAUGUUUUGAUGUAUUUUCAGCAUGAAAUUGAAUAAAGAUGUAAACUAA